AUGGAAUAUAAAAGUAUCAGUUGCUGUUUUGCUCUAUUCGCGCUUAGAUAUCCCACGUCACUAAACCCAUUCGCUUUAUCCAGCAAAAACAACAUACAGAUGUCCGAAUGCGCAUAUCGUGAUGACGAUAAUGACGACAAUGUGGAAGGUGAUGAUGGUGAUAAUAAUGAAGGGUUAAGGAAAGAUUUUACAGAACAACAACGCAGAAUGUGUGAUAACAGUAAUGAGUGCUAUACUGAAAGAUUUUGGUUAAUUGGAAUUACGGGAUCUUUAUUAGCAAUAUUUGGUGUAAUCUCCAAUGCCCUUCUUACGAUUGUUUUUCUGUCAAACCUCAGCUAUAGACGUUCACCAUUUUUCUUCCUCGGUUUUGUUGCUCUUUACGAUACACUGCUCGAUUUUACCUAUAUGUCAGUACCAAUAUGUGCCGGAUUUACAACAGAUCUAUCAAUUUGCUUACUAUGGUAUCACUAUUCCCAACCGUUUCAUUUAUUUGCCCAAAUAUUUAAAAUUUCAUCUGUAUUUUGUUUGAUCGCUGCCUCAAUUGAACGGUAUUUAAUGACACGUCAUUGGACAUUUACGGGUUUUGAACAUCGUACGCGAUGGCUUAUACUUAUCAUUAUCGUUGCUUUUGCUGUUAUUAUUAAGACUGCCACUUGUUCGUUUCUUCUGCUUUUUUGUAUAGUCUGA